CGCUACUAUUCUUGUAAUUCCUUACUUUGCCCUUUUGCAUUUACAAGUUCUUUUUAAGUUUUAGUUUAAAAGUUUUAUUUUUUAUUUUUCUCAAUUAACCCUGCUAAUCAGAAAUUCUGUCUCGCUCUCUCCUCCAUUAUUUCAUUUUCUUCUCACCAUUUUUCUUUUCCGAGAGGUUUAGAUGCGUUGAUAAGGUGAAAAAGAGAAAGAGGGCUGGAUUUGGGAGAUCCGAUCGUAGAAAUUUGGUGUUAUUUGAAAGAAAGAUAGUUCAAUUGGUAAAUUAAUUGAAAAAUGGAGUCGUCGAAUCAAGCGGAGUUCGAUUACUUGUUCAAGUUGCUGAUGAUAGGAGAUUCAGGAGUUGGAAAGAGUAGUCUUCUUUUAAGUUUCACUUCCGAUUCCUUUGAGGAACUCUCUCCCACUAUUGGUGUUGAUUUUAAAGUGAAAUAUGUAAAUGCCGGGGAUAAAAAGCUGAAGCUUGCAAUUUGGGAUACAGCUGGGCAGGAACGGUUCAGAACAUUGACAAGUUCUUACUACAGAGGCGCACAAGGGGUCAUUAUGGUUUAUGAUGUAACACGGAGGGAGACAUUUACUAAUCUUUCUGAAGUCUGGGCCAAGGAAAUUGAACUCUACUCAACAAAUCAAGACUGCAUCAAGAUGCUUGUUGGGAACAAAGUUGACAAGGAAAGUGAGAGGGUUGUAACAAAGAAAGAGGGAAUAAACUUUGCUAGAGAGUAUGGUUGCCUUUUCAUCGAAUGUAGUGCUAAAACACGCGUUAAUGUACAGCAGUGCUUCGACGAGCUUGUUCUGAAGAUCCUAGAUACUCCGAGCCUUUUGGCUGAGGGUUCCAAAGGUGGGAAAAAGAACAUCUUUAAACAAAAGCCACCACAACUCGAUGCAUCGGCAAGCGGCUGUUGCUAAUACCAAAUCUCAAGCGCGGUGAUUCUUACCCACUUCUGACCAUUAUUUACAGUAUGGUUUUUCAAUUUCAUAUGGAACUCAAUUUUUAUGUAGUAUAUAGCAUUGUUGCUAAUCCCGUUUAUUUCUCGAAGUCAUAUUGUGUAGAAUUCCACGUUGUAUUUGAUAAUUUGGCUGGCUUGGAACAAUUGGAUUUAGGAUUAAAUGGCCAUUCAGUUAUUGGUGAUGUUCUACUCUGGUCAUUCAACUACAAAAAAAUAAAGACUAUAAAUAAUCAUUUACGUUGUGAA